AAGAAGGAGUGGAUCGGUCAGAACCCGUACCCGGACCUGUACCUGACCCGGGAUAUAAAGCGCGAGCUCAACAACCUCGUAAAUGCGUUCGUGGAGGACUAUUUCGAAAAGUACGAGGACUUUGUGGUCCAAGACGCGCGCCAGGUCGACGAGCAGCGCUGGAAGCACCUCAAGUCCAAGAACGACCUGCACGUGUACGAAGACCGCUGUCGACAGGCCAGCGACCAGGACAUGGAGCCGUGGAACCCAGCCAACGCCCCUGGCACCGCCCCCACCAGGUCGGACAUGCCUGUGCUGCUGCGCGUCGGAACGGUUCUCGGUCGCCUGGACGACCUCAUGUUCGGCUGCGUCAACCCCACGCUGGACAUCAUGCGCAUCCGAGCUUCGUACGUCCACGACGUUCACGCUGCCGCCAUCCUGUGCCCCAUCGUCGAGCCAACCAAGCAGGAUCCGUUCCGCUCCGUCAUCGUCAAGUGGCUCACGCUCGACAACCCGUUCGAGUCCACGAACCUCAUCAAGACGCGCGACUUCGUGUACAUCGAGGCCACUGGCAUCUUGCAGUUCGCCAACGGGGAGCGGGUCGGGUACCACCUCAAGCACUCGAUCGAGUUCCCGCAGACCAAGCCACGUCUGAACGUCAUCCGCGCCAAGCUCUCGUACUGCGGGUUCUAUCGCCAGAUCAGUCCCAACGUCAUCGACGUGUUCGGCAUCAGCAGUAUGGUCCCUGGUGGAGAUAUCCGACGGUUUAUUGCAGUUCGAGCAGCUACAGAUACGCUGCUUUCGACCAACAACCUCGUGUACUGCGGCCAGAUGAAGAAAAUGUCGUGGAUGCUGCAGCAACAGCGAUCGCUGGGGCUGCAGCAAGAGCGCAAGAAGAACUGCGUUGUGUGCAACAAGAACACGAGCUCGGGGCUCAGAGGACGGAUCGGUAAAAGCACGUGUAAAAUGUGCUACGGCUCCGUGUGCUUCUCGUGCAAGAUCCAUUGGAAGAUCAGCUUUAUUGCACCUGGAGGGAAGCUCUGUCGACGCAAGCUCGCCUUCUGCACGACGUGCAUCACCAGAGCUUCAUUUUGUGACGCCAGGAAGGCGGCGAGGGAUCAAGCGGCGGGGUACAGGGCGUACAAAUCGUGCUCCAUCUCCUCCCACGCGCGUACAGUGGAAUCGUCCGAGUAUUCGAGUGUUUCCCAGUCAGACAUAGCGGAUAUUGCCGACUGGGAAUAUUUGUGAGCUACGCCAGUGUUUAAUUAC